AUGGUAUACUGCGCGGCGUUCGAUUGUAACAACGACUCGAGGUACACAACUGGUAUAUCCUACCAUUGCUUUCCGAGGGAUGAAGCUCUACGAUCACAGUGGCUGGCAAAGAUCUCACGAGCGGAUCUGGUCGUUUCGAAAAACUCCAGGCUGUGCUCAGAACAUUUUACACCUGACUGCUACGAACGAGACUUGAAAGCAGAAAUUCUUGGUUUGAAACCCAGAUCUACGCUAAAACCAGGUGCAAUACCCACGGUUUUUUCGCAUAGGAGACCAUCAAAAAGACCUCGACUUUCAUCGGAGAAACGUUCAGAAGAGAAAGUCAGAAAAGAAGUAAGUGAAUCGCGAAUUACUCUCUUGUAACUGGGUUGGGUUGUUGCAAAGCUUGGGUUGUUGCAAAGCUUGGGUUGUUGCAAAGCUUGGGUUGUUGCAAACUCUUGAAGCUGCUCAUCAUUUAUGCAUGAUUGAUAAAAAAAAAUUAAAAGGUGAAUGCAGUUUGAGGGCAAUAACAAUUUAUAUCUUAAGGGAUAUCACCCGAAUAGGUUCCAUUGAGAAACAUUAAAUUGUCACAAAAAAGUAUUUCUUCUCCUUACGCAAAAAACAAUAUCCUGCCAUGGAAUUCCUUCUAGUUUCAUCAUUUUUUUUUUUUUCUGAGUAAUCUUUGUACUUCGUCUCUCCUGAAAAUUUUUGACCAAUAGGUAAACAAAAUUAAAUUGUUUCAGAAUAAAGUGAUUAUUCUUUAAUUCUAGGAACAUUAUACCUGUCCCUUGUUAACUAGCAGGUGAACAAAAUUAGUACAAAUAGACUAUAUAUAAGUUGUGGAUAUUAUUCUUUAAAUAAUGAAUUCUUUUAACCUUCUUUACUUCUAUGUGAAUAAAAACUUAAUACAACUGGAAAUUCUAAGUUGAAACCAGUGCAGGCUUUCAACCAAAGGAGGGCAGGGUCAGGUGUUAUAUUUUCCAAGAAAAUCCCAUUGAAUCAUUGUGUAACCAUAUAGUAGCAUAGUUUAUCCCCCAUACCUAAAUUUUUAUUCUCUCAAAGGGUCACUAACCCAUACCAUAACAGAGUUAAUAUUUUUUUUCUGUUAUAGUAUAUAGCCUCUAUCACUGCACAACCUAGUUGUGGAAUCGAAGAACAUGCAGCUUCAGCUUUAGAACAGCCUGCACCUGUUGAUGUAGUGAAUUGUGGAGCAAGUACAUCAACCUCAGACAGCCCAUUAUAUCCACUCCCACAUGAUUUAGGGCCUAAAAGCACGUUGGUUGAGUCACAAGCAGUGCAGGUGAAUUUGCCAAACAAGGGUGUGGAUUUUGGGAUCCAAGUCAAUCUUCGUGGUCUCCAUUUAAUGAUGAAAUCUACUGACACCCAAGUCGAGGUUGAGGUUUCAGAAAGCAGCACCCAGACUGAAGAGGUAUUCCUUCCUGAAAUUGAAGAUAACAAAGAAGAAGCAACUGAAGCUGCUGCUUCCCCAGAAGUCUCUCCAAGAAAAGAUAGCAUCUACCUUCCCACAAAACAGGAAGAUUCAGAUGAUUCGAACUUGUCAGGAUCAGACAACGAACACCAAGGGGAAACAAAAUGUGAAAAGCCACAGGAUGAUACCAAAUACAUUGUAUUUAAACAAGAGCUAUUUAAAUUGUUUAAGUACUGUCCUGAGUGUGGUGCAGUUGUGAUUAAGAGGAACCAAUCCACAUAAGGAAGCCAACUAUUUGUCACCCUAGAAUGUAUGAAUAAUCAUAAGUACUCCUGGCAAAGCCAGCCAAUGCUUGAGGGGAUGGAAGCUGGAAAUUUGUUGCUGUCAUCAUCUAUUAUGCUCAGUGGCUCUACCUUUACAAAAGUAGCAUCUUUAGCAGAUAUCUUAAAUUUAAAAAUUUUCAGUGAGAAAACAUUUUAUAACAUUCAAAACAAGUACUUAUUACCCGUAAUCAAUGAGUUCUGGCUUAAAGAACAAAAUUCCACUUUUUCUGAGCUAGGGGGGCCAGAUCUGUGGCUUUCAGGGGAUGGGAGUUGUGACAGUCCUUGCCAUAAUGCAAAUUAUGGGACAUAUACCAUGAUUGAUCAGAAAACUGAUAAGAUUGUUGACUCCAAGGUUGUUCAGGUCAGCGAAGUAAAUAAUAGCAAUGCCAUGGAAAAAGAGGGUUUUAAACGCUGUAUGGAAAACAUCUAUGAAAAAGGGGGGAAAGUUAUGGUUGUUGCAACUGACCGUCAUGUGGGCAUUAGGGCUGACAUGAAAAGAAAUUUCCCUGAAGUUGAUCAUCAAUUUGAUGUGUGGCACCUUUCCAAGAGUAUAACUAAAAAGUUAGCCAAAAAAGCAAAGAAAAAAGAAUGUGCUGAUCUCUCUCGCUGGAUCAGAUCCAUCUCAAACCACCUUUGGUGGUGUGCCAAAACUUAUGGGGGAGACAAGGAGAUGUUGAGAGAGAAGUGAAUAUCCAUUGUCUAACACACUGCCAAUAUCCACUCCUGGGAUUCAGCUGACCUGUAUGAGGAAUGUGCCCACCAACCAAUCCCUCCAGCUAUCGCAAGAACUAAAAGGUGGCUUAGGCCUGGCUCCUCUGCUCAUAAUGCAUUGAAGGAGGUUGUAUUCGAUAAAAAUCUGUUGAAGGACAUUCAGCAACUAACACUAAGUUGUCAUACUGGCAAUUUAGAGGUGUACCAUAGUGUGCAGACCAAAUAUGCACCCAAACGGCAGCACUUCUCUUAUAAUGGCAUGGUUGCUCGAACUCAGUUGGCAGCACUAGACCAUAAUGCCAACACUGGUAGACAACAAGCCACUGUAUCCAGGGGUGCCAACCAAGGGGAGCUGCAAUAUAAGGUAGUGUUUCCGAAAAUAACAAAAGAAUGG